AGAUCCAUCAAACUUGUCAACGUCUUCCUACUCAGAAAUUUGCAAUACAAAAUAUGAAUUGUUUAUAGUGAGUUAUUUUUAUAAUCUGUGAUGAGAAUGUAUGAGAUAUCAGACCAUUUAAUACUACAAGUGUUUUAAAGAAAUAUUCUUUCUUAACUUUCUAUAUAUGCAGACUAUAUAAGAAGAUUUGUAGUACGGAUAUUGCAAUAUAAAGGCCUCGAAAUGGAUUCGUUUUUUAGCUUAUUUGAUCCAAGUAAUGGUAAUGAUUGUCCAAUUGCUGAGGAUUUUACACUUGAUAAUAAUCAAAAUGCAUUACCUCCAGAACCUCAGCUCGGUAAUAUAGAAUAUAAACUGAAAAUUGUUAAUCCAACUAAACAGAGAUUUGAGCAUCUUGUUACUCAGCUCAAAUGGCGUUUACGUGAAGGAAAUGGUGAAGCUAUUUAUGAAAUUGGAGUCGAAGAUAGUGGAAUUUUAACAGGGCUUUCUAAAAGAGACAUGACAGCUAGUUUACAAACCUUAAAACAGAUGGCCACCAAACUUGGAGCCACUACAACAUUACUAAGAGAACGAGUUCUUGAUAAUUCACGAAGCAUUGCUGAAGUGUUAGUCCGAAAAGUGCCUGAUGAUCAAAAUAAUAUUGAGAUUAGGAUAGCUGUACUUGGAAAUGCUGAUGCUGGAAAAAGUACAUUGUUAGGUGUUUUAACCCAAGGCAAUCUUGAUAAUGGACGUGGCAGAGCAAGGCUCAACAUGUUCCGCCACCUGCAUGAAAUCCAAUCAGGCAGGACGUCCUCAAUAUCUCACGAAAUUCUAGGAUUUAAUUCCCAAGGACAACCCAUAAAUUAUAGUUCUAGUGAACUGAUCACAGCUGAAGAAAUUUGCGACAGUUCAACAAAACUUGUCACAUUUUUAGAUUUGGCAGGAUAUAAAAAAUAUAUUAGAACAACAAUUCAAGGAUUGUCGGGGUACUCACCUCAUCAUGCUAUGCUUGUGAUUUCCAGUACAGCUGGUGCUGUUGGAAUGACACAUGAACACCUUGCUAUUGCGGUAGCUUUGAACUUGCCAUUUUUUAUAGUAAUUACCAAAAUUGACCUCGUAAAUCCAUCACACACAUUAGAAAAUCUUGAAUCGUUAUUAAAACAAGUUGGUAGUAGGAGGGUUCCAUUGAUUGUUAAAUCUUUAGAUGAUGUUAUAACAGCAGGAGCAAACCAGCUCACUGAAAAUGUUGUACCUAUAUUUUGUGUCUCUAGUGUUAGUGGAGAUGGUCUAGAGUUGCUUACUAAGUUUUUGUAUGUUCUUCCUCCAGGAGUUAGUUCCAAAGAAAAAGAACGUUUAGAGCAAGAAUCACCAGAAUUUCAUAUAGAUGAAAAUUUUAAAGCUGGUGAACUAGGCCAAAUUUUAGGUGGUUUGCUAUCUAAAGGCGUGAUUACUGAGGGCACACCAAUGAAGAUAGGCCCAAUGAAAGAUGGCUCCUUCCAAGAUAUAUUCGUUAAGUCCAUUCACAGAAAUCGAGUGCCAUGUCGAAUGGUUAGGGCGGGCCAAAGCGCAGCUAUUUGCUUAAACACUUUCAUACCGAAUUUACGAAACGGGAUGGUUUUAGUGGCUCGCGAUCAAAACGCUUACGGCUGCUUAUUUUUCCAAGCGAAUGUUUCUGUUUUAUUUCAUGCCACCGCUAUAUAUCCCGGUUUCCAAACAACGGUUCACAUAGGUAACGUACGACAAACUGCUGUGAUAAUAGGUAUAUGCUCGUCGAAAUGUAUCCAUACAAACGAACGCGAUUCAGUCUUAUUCAAAUUUCAAAAUCACUCUGAAUAUGUUACUGUUGGACAACGAUUAUUAUUUAGGGACGGUGCCGCGAAAGGUAUAGGAGAAAUUACACAAGUAUUUCCCUUGCACUAACUUUGGAUUUUGUGGAUCGAAUAUUUUAGUACAAAUUUUUCUUUGUAGGAAAAAAUACAUAUCCACAAUCCUUAACUUAACGUUUUUGCUUAGUGUCAGUAACUAUGCCAAAAAUUUAUGUGACAUAUUUUCCUUGGUUGACAAAUAGUGAUCAGAAAAGUCGGUUUUAUCAAUGUCUAUUUGACAGUAUAUAAUAUAUGACAUAAUGUACAGGAUCAGUCGACAACAGAGUUAAGCUCAUUUCAUGUGUUUUGAGAAUUACGAUAUACAGGGCGACUUUUCUACGGUGUUCUCUAUAGGUAUCUCAGAAACUACUGGAGAUAGAGAUAGGUUAAAUGGGAAAAAUUGCAGUUUUGUGAGGUCAAAAAUAUGCACCUUUCCUAUUUUUAAAAAAGUUUAUGGCUUACGAAAAAACAAAUGUCGGCUAUUUUAAUGCUCCCUAUUUCCAUUAUAAUCUAUUUUAGACAAAAAGUUUUCAGAUAAAAGUUGUAGAUAAUCACAUGCUUAAUGAGACUGUGUUCCUUUUUUUUAAAUCUGUCAUUUUUGACAUAUGACACAAACAUAGGUUUUUUUUAAUGGGAACCAUAGUUGGUCACGACUUCAUAAGAAGCGUCAUUUUUAAAGAUUUCUAGGUGAUAUAAGCUAUAAUAUAUAUUUUUUUAAAUUACUGAGUUAUCCAAUUCUUAGAGAGAUUUCUUUAAGCAUGUGAUUAUCUACAACUUUGAAAACUUUUUCUCUAAAAUAAAUUAUAAUGGAAUUAGAGUGCAUUUUUAGAAUAGCCAAAAUUUGUUUUUUUUAAUAUCUAGUAAUCCAUAAACUUUUUCAAAUAUCCGAGAGGCGCAUAUGUUUUUCCUCACAAAACUGCAAUUCUUUCCGCAUUUGACCGAAUCUGUAGCCACAGUGGUUUCUGAGAUACCCAUAGAGGACAUCGUAAAAACUCACCCUGUAUAAAUUGUGUAGGACAAACAAAGAAGAAUCUAUGUUGAUAUAAAAAAAUAAAUCUUAUUUUUACAUAAGGAAUCUUCCCACGAGAGAUAGCACAUGUUUUUUGAAACACCCUGUAUAAAGUUAUUUCUUAAUUCUCAAAAAUUUUGAGACAAUGAACUUUAUUCUAUCUUUGACUCACCCUGUAAAUUUUAGAGUGUAACUUUUUUGAUCACCAUAACGUACAAUAUUCAUGGAUUUCAUGGAUUUUCUUCGUUCUGUAGAGUUCUAUAUUUUUUUAUAUAUAUUUAAAGUUUGUUUCUUGUUUCGUUUUGUGAAUUUAUAUGUUUAUUAAAAUAAACGACGAAAAAAAAAAUUCUUUGUGGAUAACUAAUCGUCUCUAAAAAUACUGUGAUUGUACAUUAACUACUAUAUUUUAUUUUUCAGUAUUAAAAAGGUUUUGGAAAUGAAAGUAUCCAUACUAAAAAAAUAUGUUUAAAGAAUUGUAUAUGAAUAGAUAUUUGUUUUUUACCGGUGAUAUGAAAUAUAUAUUUAAUACAAAUAUAUUGAGUUCAAACGCCUGUUUAGUUUAUAACAUUGAUCUCCAAAUAAACAAUAAUUUUGUUU